AUGGAGCGGACGCUGGUCGUGGGGCUGUGGUGCAUGCAUCCAGACCGCGCGUCCAGGGCUUCCAUCCGGCAGGCUAUGAACGUGCUGCAGUUUGAGGCUUCUUUGCCAGAGCUCCCGCUAGAGAUGCCCGUGGCGACGUACGGACCACCUGUUUCUAGAGGUUACCGGUCGAGCACCACAUCUUCAUCCGUGAGUGAAAACACUCCUGCAGGCCACUCGUCGACUAGUGAUUGGACGGCGCACUCCUCGGGCUCGUCAGUGAAGAGUGGCACCCAAGGGACACGCUCUUUUGUCACUUCCAACACAAGGAAUACAGCAAGAGGCAGUGUACGAGAUCCCACCUCAUCACCCGGUCGUAUCUCGGACCGGUCGAGCACUCGUUCAAGCGGUGGACUCUCGGACAGGACACUCUAUUCUUCGUAG